AUGACUGUCGAGGUCCGAGACGAAAAUACUCCUCUCCUUCCCAAAGCCGUUCUUCGAGAUUGGCGAUCUUCCCUGAAAGAUGCCUACCAAAGGAACACGGGUUUUCUGCUUAUUGUCGCGGCUUCUUUCAUCUUUUCUAUAGGAAAUGUCUGUGUGAAGGAACUGAAUAGACUCGACGACACGAUUCCACGUAUUAUUAAAACAGAAGUCCUCCAGAGUAUAACUUACCUUGGCUCUGUGACCUACAUGCUAUGUGCAGGAAUUCCUGAGCCUUUCAGAGGACCCCACGGGGCACGUGCGCUUCUCGUAUUUCGCGGAAUAUGCGGUUUCACCGGUAUCUGCGGCGUAUACUAUUCCCUCAAGUAUCUUUCCCUUUCAGAAGCUACCGUUCUCACCUUUCUGAUGCCGACGACAACCGCCGUCGCAGGCGCUGUAUUUCUCGGGGAGACGGUAUCUGUGGGGCAGAUCAUAGCUGGACCGUUCAGCAUCUCCGGUGUCAUCUGCAUUGCGCAACCAGAAUCUUUAUUUGGGGACUUACCGGUUGACGAAUCCAGGGAUCCUGAACAUCGUUUGCUUGCGGUUGGCGUUGCACUAAUUGGCGUACUUGGAACCACCGCUGCUUUUACAACUAUUCGCGCCAUCGGUUCUCGCGCUCACGCGCUCCAUUCCUUAGCUUCAUUCUCACUACAGUCGGUCAUUGCGUCUAGUAUCGGGAUAGCAAUAAUGGGUACCCCCCUUAUCUUCUCUACGCAUUGGAAAUGGAUCGCUCUCUUUCUGGCAUUGGGAAUCACUGGAUUCUUUGGACAGCUCCUUAUCACCAUGGGCCUCCAGCGCGAAACAGCCGGAAGGGGGACGACCGCUGUUUACACCCAGAUCGUAUUCGCUACGAUUCUUGAGCGGGUCUUCUUCAAUUUCACUCCCGACUCAUGGUCGGUGGUAGGUAUCGUGAUUAUUGUGACGGCAGCAUUAUAUGUCGCACUUUCGAAGCGUAAGGAGCGAGUAAGGGAUACCCUAGAGCCUCCGGAGAGUGCGUGACAUUUCGGGAGUCGUUGAGAUUAGGGGAAUGGGGAUAAACUAAGCUGCUGGUCAUGAGCAAAGCAAAAAAUUAGAGCAUGUAAUGGCCUGCUAAAGAUACAAGCCAUGUUGGGUGCCCUGGUCUUCGCGAAACGUGAAGAUUAUUAGAUUGAGCGGGGGUUGGAUAGUAACAUUGUGAGAUACCGAUAGCAAGGACAAACGAAAACAUGUAGUCGAAGGUUUGAGUAAGGGUUAUAUGGCC